AUGGGGGCACAAUGCUUCCUUAAUAUCACAGGACAGUCAAAAAUCAGAUGUGGUGGUGAGCAGUGGAGUGAGAAGGCCACAGAUGUGUUUGAGGAGCUCUGCCACGUGGCCCAGUGGAAGCCACUGUUGGCUAAGGUAGUGUCGUGCGAUCAGCAGCCCAGAGGACGCAGGGAAGGCAGUCCUGUCCCUAGCGUCCAUCUGUUCGACUCCAGUGGUCCUGAGGAUAUAGAUAUUGGCGAGGAACUAGUGAAGCAAGGGUUGGCAGUGAGGGAGGACAGUCCACAACGCAGUCUGUCACGAGCGAGCGGCGCAAGUGGUGCCAGCACUCCUUUCCUUCCCAGCGCUACCAGCCCAGAGCCCAGUUCUGAUGCUGAAUCCAACACAUGAACUGCUUGCUCUCACAUGUAUAUAGUGUACAAAUAGAUAAUACUGUAGAUACGGUUUAUUUUUAACAAUUGGUUAAGGAUUGGGAUAACUACAACUUACUAUAGUUGUGAUCACAAAAGGGUUGGUAACUGAGAUAAUCCUAUGGAGAAGUUUUCUGAGACAUGAGCUCAAAAUCUUCCUCCCAUGGUGUAAGAAUAACAACUGAUGUGUUCCAAAAAAUAUGGUUUUUUUCUCCAACCUCUCUUUAAAGAUUUGUGAAAAAUACUUUCAUGGUCUAAGUCAUGGAAUAAAUUAUACAUAAUGUAAAGGAAGAGAAUGUGGUUUUGAAAAGUUUAUUAUUUUGUACUUAGACUGUAAAAUUAUAGGACUGAAAAUUAUAAAAAAUCUUUUUAGUGUUUAUUUAAACAAUUUUUAUGGAUCUUUGCAUAAAUAGUAGUAUAGUAAAAAUUAAAAUUAUAAGUUUAUAUAAAACAAGAUAUUUCUUAGUUAAAAUAUUAAUCAAAAACUUGCAGAUAAUAAUAAAAAGCUAUUUUUGUGGAAACUCUGGCCCACUCAGUUUUAAUAGUUAGUUAUCUGGUGGUUGGUCAGCUGCUGUUCAAGAACAUAUCACUAGCACAUAAAACACAAAAAAUUUCACUGGAACUUAGUUAACAGUGGCAUCCUAUGACCACACCUAUUAAAACAAUUAAUUUAGUAUCAAACUUCAUGUACUACCUUCCACUUCAUCAAAUACCAGGCGGUUUUUUUUGGGGUUUUUAUGGAAAAUGUUUUCUAACAUCACAAAACACAUUUUUUCACCCUUUCUUCAAAAUAAUAUCUUAUGUUCUUUUACGUUUUACUGAGGUUUAUAUGUGUAGAGUUAAUGAAACAAUUAAAUUGUAUCUAAAAUGAACAUAACUUUAUAUAAAAUUACUAUUUAGGCCAAUAAAUCUUUUAACAUGUUGUUUAGAUGGAGGCGCAGUUUUUAAAAUGAAAAAUGUAAAUUUAUGUUUUCUAGAAGACUGUAUGUAUGAUUCAAGGAAAGUAACAAGAUAUGUUUUGUGUACAUAAUAUUUUGUGUAGUGGUAAACUUAAUUUAUGUAGAGGUUUAGGUGGACCUUAAACAUUUUAUAAAAUUGAAAUGAAAAUAAAAUCACAUGUAACUGGCUUGAUUGGUAUGAUAACAACAGAAUGAUACAGUAAAACUUGUAAACAUAGGGAUUUAAUUUUUGUUUCAAAUGCAGUUACAACAAUUUUAAUUAAAGAAGUCAGGAGCCAAUUUGUCUCUAGUUUUAAUAUCAAAAUUUAAGUUUAUUUGCUGGUGUAACUAAAAAUAUUCUAUAAAAACUAGGUUAUAUUGUAUAUUGAUCGCAUUUUCAGUUUCCUAUUUUUCAUAACGCUUACAAAUUCCUAAAAAUGGCAAAAAUGUGUGCCAAAAUUGAUGUAAACUAUGCUAUGUAUGCGUUUUAAGCUAUAUAGCAUAGUUUAUCUGGCAUAGUUUACCUACUUAUAUAAAUAGGUAAACUAUGCCAGAUAAGCGUUUUAAGCUAUAUAAGUAGGAGUACCAAUAGUUUGAUACAAUUUUGUGGUAAAUGCUUAGCUAUAAAAGCCGAUUGUACCCUUUAUUUCUCUCUCAUAUAGAUAAUUUCUAAUACAAGGAAUAGUGAGAAUUCAGCAGAAUUAUUUCCUGCCGAUUGCUGUCCUUGCUGAAUUAAGUUUCAUCUUAAUUCAGGCUGCAAAUUAUUAAGUACUUAAUAUAAAAUCAAAAGAACAGAAUUGUAUAAAUAUUCACCGUUUUUAGAGUUAUGAAAAACUAAGACAAUGUAAAGACAAAAUGGGUUAUUUUUUAAAUUUCUUUUUUUUAAUUUUUUUAGCAGUUCUUUUAUUGCCUUAUGACUAUGAGAAUAGUUAUUGAUAACAAGAAAUGAUUGUGAUGGUGAAUUUAAGAAUUUAUAGCUAUAGGUAAGCAAAAUACUUUGCUCAUGUUAGCAUUUCUUUCCAUUCCCUAUUAAAUUUAAAACUGACUCCAAUUGUAUUUUUAUUGUGAAAGCUGUCAAAUAUUAAGGUAAUAAAUAGAUGUCUUAUUUUGUAUGUAUAGUAUACUUGUACAAACUUCAUCAAUGCCAUUGUAUAGUUGUAUUAGUAUUAUUUUUAUAAUCAAAAUAGUUAUUUACAACAUUUUAAAUUAUAUUUUAUUAAACAUUUUUAAGUCAAGUUAAUGUGUAAACAAAAUGAAUUGUGCCUUUUUUAGUACUUAUUGUGUAAGAGAGCUGGUUUUAUAUCAGUUUUACCUGUUACGUUAAAGUGAUCUCAAGUCGUUCUAUCUUAGUUUAUGUUGACACGUUUACAAUCAAAUUCAAAUUAUUUUUGUCAUUUGUAUCAAAAUAUUUCCAAACUUGUAAUGAGAUCUGUUACAAAGUUGUUACUUUGGUAUGGUUUUUCUUUUAUUUGUAGAUGUAAGUUAAAUGUUGCAAAUAAAUAGUGUCAAACCA